UGUAUGUCUGAAUUCUGUUUCUGGUUUAUUGCAUCAGUUGUCUGGUUCAUUGCUUCCGCUCGGUUCGACUCGAAUUGACCGUACCGAACAUCUUUUACCGGAGAAACAUGGCAGCUGUGCGAUCGAUAUCGACUAGUACGGUCCAUGUUGCAGACAGCAAGGAAUCAUGUGGGAGGAUCGAGCUAAAUCCAUGGGAUCUCCGGCUCCUUCAAAUAGGGUACAUCCAAAAGGGAUUCGUUUUCGGCACACCUGUGCAAGACAGGGACACACUGAUCCACCACUUGAGAACCUCUCUCUCGGACGCCCUAGUCCAUUUUCCGCUGCUGGCGGGUCGCCUAGCGACGACCCGACACGAAGACGAUGACACCGUUUCCUUUUUCAUAGACUGCAACGAUGCCGGCGCUGUGUUUGUACACGCUACAGCCGAUGGAGUAACCGUUUCCGACGUCGUCGAGACCGGUUACGUCCCGUCUGUUGUUCACUCGUGUUUCGCGUUGAACGGGAUCCGUAACUACGAGGGUGUCGACAACCCUUUACUUGGGAUACAAGUAACUGAUCUUGUGGAUGGUAUAUUCCUCGGUUGCAGCAUGAAUCAUGUCGUGGCGGACGGCACGUCGUUCUGGCAUUUCCUUAAUUCGUGGUCCGAAAUUUCUAGAGGUUCGAUUAACUUAUCGAAGCCCCCUGUUUUCCGACGUUGGUUUCCCGAUGGUAUGGAUACCCCGAUUCGUAUUCCCCGGACUUGCCUCGAUGUCGAACGAUGCAACGAGGAUGUGGUUCAACCAUCUACACGCGAAAGGAUUUUCCAUUUCUCAAAGAAAACCGUUGCGAAACUCAAAGCGAAAGCGAACGCCGAUAUCGGAACUGACAAGGUCUCGUCUCUCCAAGCUCUGUUGUCUCAUGUUUGGCGAUCUGUUAUCCGAAACAGAAGCUUAGACCCUAAUGAAGAGACCAAAUAUCGUAUCGUAGUCGGUGCUAGACAACGGUUUCCGGAGCUUCCGGACAACUAUUUCGGGAAUGCAAUUUUAGGAACAUCUUUAACUAUGAAACCGAAGGAGCUGACGGAACAAGGAAUCGGAAACCCGGCGUGGCGAAUGAAUAGAACGAUUGCCACGAUGACCGGAGAAAGUUUGAAGAAUUCGUUAGAGUAUUGGCCAGCGAGCCCAAACAUGGCAACUAUGAGCCAUGGCGAAGCUCUGCUCACGAGUAGUUCCCCUCGAUUCGAUAUGUACGGUAACGAUUUCGGAUGGGGAAAGCCGAUGGCGAUACGAGGUGGGUCAUCGAACAAGGUGGACGGAAUGCUGACAUUGUUUUGUGGAGCAGAAGAAGGAAGCAUUGAUGUUGAAAUGUGCCUUUUCCCAGAGACAUUGGAGGCUAUUGCAAGUGAUGAAGAAUUCAUGGAUACCGUGACCAAUUAACUGUUGCUGUUUACAUUUGUGUUCUUUUAUAA